AUGAAGAGGGCCAAGGAUGAGCAGACGCCCUCGGACGAAAAUAAGUACGAAAAAUAUUCCCUAUACAAAAGCGACAAGGGCACUCCAGGGGCACAGGUACCCCCUCCCUCCUCAGCCAUCACGAACCAAGUAGAGUCUGUUUACUUUGUGAACUACAGAGCUGUAGUUGUAAAAACGAAACGGUAUUAUGUCACACAGAAUUCUUACAUGCUCUUUGGAGAUGUGUUCAAAAUAUAUAACUUAAAAGGAGAAAUAAAAAAAAUACAUGCAUUUUUUCCAGGGGAUGAAAAUAAUUUAUCAGAUACUCUUAUUAUGUUGAAAACGACAAUAGUAGCUGUGACGACAUCCAAAGCAGAAGCCUUACGUGUAGCCGACGGAAUUGAAAUGACGUGCAAAAUUUGUCGCAAAAAGAGGAAGGCAACGAAGUUCUCUAUAGAAGGCUUCCUCAGGAAGGUGAGGUGUGAUACGUGUAGAGUGAAACCGAAGAAUUUAAUUAACAAGAUGAGACGCAGCAACGGGAUGGGAAGCAGCGGGAUGGGAAGCAACGGGAUUGGAAGCAGCGGAAUGGGAAACAAUGGCGUUCGAAACAAUGGCGUGCGAAACAACGGCAUGCGAAACAACCGGCUGGAAAACAACCGGCUGGAAAACAACAGCGCCGGCGAAAGCGCUCGCAUGCACAGUGGUGAGGGGAGCCUGGGCGGUAACCCCAGCAGUGGCGGUACACCCAACAACGGAUGCCUCAGCGCAAGUGCCGCCGCCAUGAACGACGCCAGCGCGGGCCAACAGCACCACCAGCAGCAGCGCAUAUGUUCGUACAACUCGAAGAAUGCCAAUAACGGCAGCGCCGCCCACUCCUUCCUCAAGAGCAGCUGCUAUGUGGGUACCAGAGAAGCGUGCGCAGCUAGCCAAAACAACAACAAUGAGCAUGAUGCCAAAAACCCAGACGAAAUUAUUUCCAUGAUAAUAGAGCUAAUAAAGUACAUCUCGUGGAUGCAAAAGGCACUCAUCAGAGCAUCCAAAGGAAACUACGUCAUAGAUCACACAGAAAUUAACAUCGAAAAAAUUUCCAAAGUAGUUCAUUCUGCUCAGGUCUUGUGUAAUAAACUCUUAAGACAAAAAUCUUUGGUAGAACAAACAGGAUCAAAUAGUCGAAACAACACCAACUUCAUCCCCAUGUACAAUACCAACUCUAAUAACUUCAGAAUAAAGUAUUCUAACUUGUACGAGAACAAAAUUAACGCUAUGCACAGCAGACCGAUCGAGACCAACCUGACGAACUCCAAUGCAGUGAGUGUUUUUAACAACAUUAUCAAUCACAACACGUUGAGCCUUUUGAAUUGCGCUGCUGCUCAGAGGAACGUCUCAGCCACGACAUCCUGUAGUAGUGGUGCGAAUGGAGGUGGAAGCGGUGCAGGGAAUGGCGGCGGGAAUGGCUGUGGGAAUGGCGCUGGAAAUGACAGCGCAUCGAACAGCACCAGCGGAGAGGGCGCGCCAAACGAAAGCGGACAAAACGGAACAAGUCCCACCAACCUAUCCAACUUAACAAGCGUCACCAAUUUAACCAACACGCCAAGCAACGGAAACAACAGCAACGCCACCAUGGAUACGGAUCCCCCACUGAACAACUUCAGCAGCAUCAACAAUGCAAAUAUUUUACCCUACUAUUCGAACGCCUGCCAAAUUACCUGCGUCCCACCCUCCCCAUGUUCCACUCGAAACGAUAACAGAAUGAACCAUUUUAUAAAACAGGAAAAUAAUUACAUGUACAGAAAUAAGCAAAGUGAAGAAUUUUCAAACAACAUGCAAAGUAACAUCAAAAAUAGCUACUACAGUGACAAACAAGACAUUGUUUUCUCGGCCCUCUCCAAGCAGUACAACUCCAACGUUAAUAUCUCCUUUAACAAUAUUAACAACUCCGUGUCGAAUUUUUACAGGACCGUUUCGAAGAACUACAAUAUUAGGGAUACCAUUUUGAAUUUGGACAAGUAG